GUAUGAAAGUGACACAUUCCGACUGGUACCUCGCCGGCACCUACUGCCCUCUUGGAAGAGAUGCAGUGUUGGGUGGCAUCGUGUACCUUCGGGAGCAUGUGACUCAGCAGGACAUGGUGUACCUUCGGGAGGGACCAGCGGGUGGCUGUGGUGCCGGCGAGUGGGCUUUGCUGGCACCCUCAAGUGGAGACUUCGUCGACAAGGGCCUUGGCCUCUUCGAGCUCCGGGGCACACGGCAGGCGUGCAUCGGCAGCUCAUCUGUGGAGCAUGCCCUUCGGUCGUGCUCGUCGAAGGAGUUGGCCUGGAUCGAAGAUCAGGAAGAGGACGAAGAGGGACAGCCGUACCUGGUGCUGGAUGACCCGGGGACCCCUCAGCCGGCCGACUAUUGGCUCCAUCCCUGCGACUGCGCACCCGAUGCCUGGGGACCUGAGCUGCCCGUGGAUCCUCAAAUGUACGAGCAUCUUCCCGCCAACAGCAGCAACCAAUUCAUCCCGACCCCCUACGUCAUCGUCACGGGGCAGCUCGUGUGCCCUUCUCGGCAGCUACUGGGAGGCGGCAAGGGCGUGCAUUUCCAGUCAGAGGAGGAG